AUGAAUGUUAUUGGUCUUACUGACCUAUCCGGUUCAAUCGAUGACCUGCCUACUGGUACGGAGGGCGCUUUGAGCCCUGGAGUCAGCACAUCUGGAGUAUCCAGCAGUCAAGGAGAACAGAGCAAUCCAGCACAGUCACCCUUCUCCCCUCACACUUCUCCCCCGGUGGGCUCUCCUGCCAGCGCCUCAGCAUCUCGUUCUGGGCCACUGUCCCCUGCCACGAUGCCAGGAAACCAGAUGCCUCCCCGCCCUUCAAGUGGACAGUCUGAUGGAAUGAUGCAACCUUCAAUGAAUCAACCUGGCAUUGGCCAAGAAAGAGGAUAUAUGCAGAGAAACCCUCAGAUGGCACCCUAUGGGUCUCCACAGUCUAGCUCUGCGUUGUCUCCUCGUCAGUCAUCUGGAGGCCAGGUGCAUGCUGGAAUGGUCCCUUAUCAGCAGAACAACUCGAUGGCAAACUAUGGGCCUCAAGGUGGUCAAUAUGGCCCACAGGGUUACCCCAGGCAGCCUGGUUACAGUGGCAUGCCUAAUGCCAAUUACCCAGGCCCUGGCAUGGGCGGAACCAUGAACCCUAUGUCUGGACAAGGAGGAGGGCCAAUGUUUGCUGGCAUGCCGGCUGGAAGGAUGCCUCAUGGACAGAUGGUUGCACGUCCCUAUGGCCCCAAUAUGGGUCCCAACAUGAGUCCCAAUAUGGGUCCUAAUAUGGGCAGCAUGCCCCCUCAAGUGGGAACCGGGAUGUGCCCACCUCCAGGCCUCAACAGAAAGCCACAGGAUGCUGCAACAAUGCAGCACGGACCUGCCAACUCGAUACACAACAGGCUACCAGGUUUCCCCAGUAUGUCUCCUGGUCCCGGUAUGACGGGCUCAGGACCUCCAUAUGGCCCUUCCAUGAACAACAUGCCUGGGAUGAUGAAUACCCAGGGUUCACCCUACCCUAUGGGUGGUAACAUGGCUAACAACACUAGUGGCAUGUCCCCUGGUCCGGACUUUGGUAUGGAUGGGAAACUUAACCAAACCCAGAAAAUUAAUAACAAAGUUGAGGGGACGCCCAAGACAGAAUCAAAAUCCAAGAAGUCAAGUUCCUCCACAACAACCAAUGAGAAGAUCACUCGGUUGUAUGAGCUAGGCCCAGAGCCAGAAAGAAAGAUGUGGGUAGACCGUUACUUGGCUUUCAUAGAAGAGAAAGCCAUGGGCAUGAGUAACCUACCAGCUGUGGGACGUAAACCCCUUGAUCUCUUCCGCCUCUACAUGUCCGUCAAGGAGAUUGGAGGACUUACACAGGUUAAUAAGAACAAAAAAUGGAGAGAGCUGUCCACAAAUCUGAACGUGGGGACCUCCAGCAGUGCUGCCAGCUCUCUGAAAAAGCAGUACAUUCAAUGUCUGUAUGCUUUUGAAUGUAAGAUUGAGCGUGGAGAAGACCCACCACCUGACAUUAUGUCUGGAGAUAGCAAAAAGAACCAGGCCAAGAUUCAGCCUCCCUCCCCAGCUGGAUCCGGCUCUCUCCAGGGGCCCCAGACGCCACAGUCCACCAGCAGCUCCAUGGCAGAAAGCGGAGACUUGAAGCCCCCUACUCCUGCCUCCACCCCACACAGCCAGAUGCCCCCAAUGCCAAGUGGCAGGAGCAGUGUGAACCUGCAAGAUCCAUUUGCUGAUAGCGACUUCUCUCGGAGAAACACUAUGACGCCCAACUCUGGCUACCAGUCAGGCAUGAGCACCCCGGAGAUGCCUGGUCGCAUGGGACCCUAUGAACCCAAUAAAGACCACUUCAGUGGUAUGCGUAAAGCUGGAGAACAGUUCAUGCCUGGUGGGCAGGGUCCCAACAGCAGUCUCGGUGAUCAGUACAACAGGGGACCACCAGGUCCUAUGGGAAAUAUGACCAUGGGCCAGCGGCACCAGUAUCCAUAUGGCCCCGGCUGUGACAGGAGACCAGAGUCAGGGAUGGGCCCAGAUGGCAGCAUGGGUCCUGGAGUGCCACAGCCAAAUAUGAUGACUUCCAAUGCCGAAUCUGGGAUGUACUCACCAAAUCGUUACCCUCCACAGCAACAGCGGCAUGAGUCCUAUAGUAAUCAGUAUCCUGGUCAGGGUGCACCUCCUGGUGGCUCCUAUCCGAAUCAGCAGCCUGGAAUGUACCCACAACAACAAUCGAACUACAAAAGACCAGGUGAUGGUGGUUACCCACCAGCUAAACGGCAUCACGAUGGUGAGAUGUUCAGUGGGCCAUUCAAUGCUCAGCAGCCACUGCCGCAGGCUCCCCCUAGUGGUCCCUCAAGUGGUCAGGAAAUGUAUAACCAGUAUAGCAGUUCCUACCCUGGCUCGGAGCGUCGUCCACCUGGUCCCCAGAAUCAGUUCCCUUUCCCCUUUGGAAGAGAUCGUAUGCAAGCAGGCACGGGCCCAAACUCCCAGGGUUCUAUGCCUCCUCAAAUGAUGACCAGUCCAAUGCAGUCUGGUCCUGACGGUCCUCAAGGUGGCAUGUGGCAGGGCCGAGGUGAUAUGGGCUAUCCCAGUUACCCCAACCGUCAGGGACCUCCUACUGGUCCCGGACAGGGCCCUAGCUACCAUGCAAUGAAUCGAUCUGAAGACAUGAUGCCAUCUGAACCACGCAUGAAUCAUGAGGGCCAGUGGCCUGGGCCACGACAACCCCCAUAUGGCCCUAGUGGCGCAGGUCCACCAAUGAGCAGACCCUUGCAGUCAAAUUACCAGACUCCCCAAAUCAUGCAAAACCACGUUCCACAGGUGUCAAGCCCCACGCCCAUGCCACGGCUUUUGGAAAGCAGGACUUCCCCCAACAAAUCAACCUACAUACCCAGCAAUAUCAAAAUGCAGAAGGCGGGACCUCCAGUGCCUGCAUCUCACAUUGUACCUCCCUCAGUACAGCCUCCAAUGAUGAGAAGAGACCUGUCCUUCCCUCCGGGUUCCAUAGAGGCAACAUCACCAGUUCUUAAAUCACGUAGGCGUCUUACCAUGAAAGAAAUUGGCACCCCAGAAGCAUGGAGAGUCAUGAUGUCCCUUAAAUCGGGACUGUUGGCGGAGAGUACAUGGGCUUUAGACACCAUCAACAUCUUGUUAUAUGAUGACAACAGUAUUUCAGAUUUCAACCUUGUACAGCUCCCUGGUUUCCUGGAACUAAUCGUUGAGUAUUUCCGCCGUUGCCUCAUUGAGAUCUUUGGGAUUCUGAGGGAAUAUGAAGUUGGGGAUCCAGGACAAAGAGCUCUUUUAGAUCCCAGCAUGCUCAUAAAAGAUGAAAACACUGUGGAUGAUGAGGCACUGGUUGAGGGCAUGGAGGACGAUGGAGAAACAGAGGAGGAAGAUGAAGGAGAGGAAAUGCACAGGUCAAAACAUCAGGAACAACACAUGGCACAAGGACCUCUCCAGAUAAAGCAGGAAGAAAAGCCAAGGGCACUUGAAGACUCUGUGAAGAAAGAAGAUUGCCAAGGGACUGAAGGGGAGUCUUCUGCAGAACCCAAGACUUCAGAGCCAUCAUGUCUUGAGUUGGCUGUUACUCAAGAAAAGCCCAAACAGGCUAGCAAGUUUGAUAAGCUUCCCUUGAAGAUUGUGCGAAAAAAGGAUCCAUUUGUGGUGGACUGCUCAAAUAAGCUUGGUCGGUUGCAGGAAUUUGACAGCGGCCUCCUGCACUGGAGUAUCGGGGGAGGUGAUACAACAGAACACAUUCAGACCCACUUUGAAAGCAAGAUGGACCUGUUGCACCAUCAGAAGCGUCUUCCUGCACAGGUCCCUGACAGGAAGAGAGGAGCUCAGACGGACAGCCAGGCACCCUCGCUGCCCUCAUCCAGUGAAGAGCAUGGGAAAGAGGUGGACCGGCAGCCCUCUCCAGAGUCGUCCACUGAGAAAGUGACCAACGGAAUUUCAGAUUUGAGGGACGACAGACCUGCUGACUGCUUAGAAACUGCCUCUGAGGGGACUUCACACAUAGAGAAAGAUGAAGAGAAACAAGUAACGGAGACGACAACUUCAGAAAACAUCAGGCCAGCACCUCCAAGCCCGUCAUUACAGGGUCAGCGCUCCAUCGCCGUUUUAGAAGAUGAGCCACACAGCAAGGAUGAAGCUCCUCUCGUCACGCUCUUAGACUGGCAAGACUCCCUUGCCCGUCGCUGCAUCUGUGUCUCCAACAUUGUCCGCAGCCUCUCGUUUGUCCCGGGCAAUGACUCGGAGAUGUCAAAGCAUCCAGGGCUGUUGCUACUGCUUGGCCGCCUGUUGCUUCUCCACCAUCAUCAUCCAGAGCGCAAGCAGGCGCCUUUAACCUACGAGAAAGAAGAGGAGGUGGAUGAGAGUCAUGGUAGCAAGAAAGACGAGUGGUGGUGGGACUGUUUGGAGGUACUGCGGGAAAAUUGCUUGGUCACUCUUGCCAACAUUUCAGGCCAGCUUGACUUCUCUGUCUACACUGAGAGCAUCUGCCUGCCUCUGCUGGAUGGCUUGCUCCAUUGGGCCGUUUGUCCUUCAGCGGAAGCCCAAGACCCCUUCCCUAGUCUCGGGCUCAACGGCGCCUUGUCCCCCCAGAGACUAGUCCUAGAGACCCUCUGUAAGCUCAGCAUUCAGGACAACAAUGUGGACCUCAUUCUGGCGACGCCACCUUUUAGUAGAUUAGAGAAGCUGUUUGGUAACCUCGUGCAUCUAGUUGGAGAGCGAAAGGUGCCUGUUUGUCGGGAGAUGGCGGUCGUGCUGCUGGCCAAUCUCGCACAAGGUGACAGCCUGACGGCCCGUGCCAUUGCAGUACAGAAGGCCAGUGUUGGGAAUCUAUUGGGCUUUUUGGAGGACAGCUUAGCGGCUACGCAGUUCCAGCAGAGCCAAGGUUCCCUACUGCACAUGCAGGGGUCACACUUUGAGCCAACAAGUGUGGACAUGAUGCGGCGGGCUGCUCGGGCUCUGCUCGCUCUCGCUAAGGUGGAUGAGAACCACUCUGAGUUUACGCUAUAUGAAUCGCGGCUACUGGACCUUUCUGUCUCCCCGCUCAUGAACUCAUUGGUGUCCCAUGUCAUCUGUGAUGUACUCUUUUUGAUAGGCCAGUCAUGACAGCUGUGCGGAGCUGUGGCUCCACCUUCUCUGGUUUUCGUACUUCCCCUUUGCCUGUCCUCCCCAUUGGCGAGUGGGGAUUGAAAGCAGAGAAUAUUGACUGUUUCUUGUUUUCUGUUUUGUUUUUUUAUUUAUGCAAGCCCUUUCAUAUUACACCCACUGGUCCCCCUUUUCUCUGCGUC